GAAAGUUUUAUUGGAAUAUCUAGUUUGUUCAUACUUUUUUGUUUUUUUAAGUAAAAAGUGAAAUUUAAGAUGUUUUUUUCUGUUUGGCAUUUGCAGCGUUUUUGGGAUGCUUCUGGAGAUUUUUGGCAGGCAGGAUGGGAUCAGAUAUUGGACACGGUGGGCGAGAAUCCCGUGACUUUCUGGGUUUAUGGAUCACUCAUCUGGACCUUGUCCGUUUACUGGACCCUGGGCGCCAUCUACACUGUGCUAGAUGUCGUCAACAAACCUGCGGCUUUGCGGAGAUACAAGACACAGCCGGGCACCAACGAACCCGUGGAGACCAAGAAACUCAUCAAGGUGAUAUGCCAGGUGUUGUUUAACCAGUUGGUGGUGGGGUUACCUGUGGCAUACCUGAGCUACUACCUGAUGAUGUGGCGAGGUGGUGCUCCUCUCAGAGAGUUACCUACCUUCCAUUGGGUGUUGGCUGAACUAGCUCUGUUCAUUAUCAUUGAAGAGAUCGGCUUUUACUAUUCUCACAGGUUGCUUCACUGGCGCCACCUCUACAAGCACAUACACAAGCGCCACCACGAGUGGACCGCACCAGUGGCUGUCACUGCCAUGUACUGUCACCCGGUGGAGCAUGUGCUUAGCAACCUACUGCCUCCCAUCUUGGGCGUGUUCAUCGCGGGGGCACACGUAGCCACUUCUAACCUCUGGUUCACCCUGGCCAUCAUCAACACACUCAACGCCCACUCCGGCUAUCACUGGCCCUUCUUCCCGUCGCCCGAGGCACACGAUUUUCACCACCUUAAGUUUAAUCAAUAUUUCGGAGUGCUAGGCGUGUUGGAUCACUUGCACGGGACUGACACAGCAUUCCGCAAAUCCCGGUCAUACGCCCGACACACCACCUUGCUGACACUAGUGCCUGCCAGAGAAGUGUACCCUGACAACCCAAGUGGAAACAAUAAGUAGUGAACAUUGUGUCAUGGUGAACGUAACUCCGCAGUCAGGAAACGUUUGUUCACACAGUUUGCACUUGGGUAUAUUCUAUAGCUAUAAAAUACCAAUGGCAUUACACUGCUUUGAUGAAAUAGUAUCAUGUAUCAAAGCAUGUGAAAUACUCGAUAUUGUCAGUGCAUUUUCAUAGCUAAAAUUCAAACUGUGGUUUUAGUAUGUGUUUGAUCUUUUAGUUUUAAAUGUUAUUUUUUUUUUUUAUUCAUUUGACAAAGUAAUAAAAAAGUUAUUUUUGACAAGGGUCUUUAAAAGGACCUAAACGUUUAUGCUUUGACAACUAAAUUUAGCUCAGCACCGAAGAUUAUUAUAAUAUUAAGCUAAUUAUUGAAGAUAAUUUUAAUGAUUGUGUUGUAAACAAACCUUGAUAAU